CCGUGCGCAGCGGGAGGUAGCCGGGCGAGUUCCGUGGCGCUUCUCCCGGCCGCGGCGCACGCACGUUUUGGUACCUUAGGCCGACACUGUUUGGGUGUCUGCGAGCUCCGCGGUGACAGCUUGGGCUCUGAGCGCGUGGCGGAGUCCGCACUGGAGAAGGAGCUUCUGGGCAGCGGAGCCCCGGAUGUGAGGCAGCUGGAAGUUGAACGCAAGAAAGGCCGAAGGGGACGCGGAACGGGCCGUUUGUCAAGAUUUUAUCAUGAUGAAUGGUUCCAGUGUGGCAAAUACAUCAUCCAAUGUGAAAUCCAAAGAGGACCAAGGGUUAAAUGGGCAUGAGGAAAAAGAAAAUCCAUUUGCCGAGUAUAUGUGGAUGGAGAAUGAAGAGGAUUUCAAUCGGCAGGUGGAGGAGGAGCUACAGGAGCAAGACUUCUUGGACCGCUGCUUCCAGGAGAUGCUGGAUGAAGAAGACCAAGACUGGUUCAUUCCAGCACGGGACCUGCCUCAGGCUAUGGGACAGUUGCAACAGCAGUUAAAUGGACUGUCUAUCAACAGUGACCAUGAUUCUGAAGAUAUUUUGAGCAAAAGUAACCUGAAUCCAGAUGCCAAGGAGUUUAUUCCUGGAGUGAAGUACUAAGCCGACAACAGUUUUGAGAACGACCCGUCUGUCCCCACGUGGGACAGUGACGCACAGCAGUGUGCAGCUGAGGAGGGUGGCAAGGGUAUAUAGCUGGCUAGGAGAGGUGGCCUGACAGGAUACUGUGGCUCUGGAUAACCAGUGUGCUCAACCAUACCCCAGAGCCUCUGAGCAUUUCUCCUUAGUUUACUGACUUGUUUUAGAGCAGCUUCCUGCUUAUUGUGUUACAUUUUUAAUCCACUCUCUGGAGUUAAGGAAAUUGCAGUGGUUUUGUUCCCCAUUGUUAGGAAUGUUCUGCUGUCUUUAAGCAAAAUAAGCUGACCAAGGGAAACUGGGUAUUUUAAGAAAUUACCCUUCUUACCCUGAUGCAGGUCUGUCAGAAGCAAGGGACACUUGGGAGCUACUUAUGGAGUUUAUUAAGCUAGAUAGCAAGAGGGAGAAACAGGAGGACCCAGUGGUACAAAGCCCAGCUCCCCUGGGCCCUGUUGUUUCCAUGAUGAACUUGGAUCACUGAUGGCCCCCAAGCCACUAUCUUCCUGCCCUGAACUCAAGAAACAGACUUAAAGAUUCAUGGCUUAUGGUGACUUUUGGUGAUGGACUUACGAAGUUGUACCUCAGAAGAGGAAGGCUUGCCAGUGAUUGUCACCACAGUCAUUUAGCUACUGUUGUGCUAUUGUUAAGCCUCUGUAUGUACAUACCACCACUCACCAUGUGCCAGAUGAAAGACAUGCAGAGUUCCUUUGCCUUCUCACCCUACACAGUGUGCAUACUCUGUGCAUUCCUUUACAUGCAGAUCAGCUUUUUAAAAAUAUAUUUAUUUAUUGGAGAGAAAGAGAGAGAACACUAGAACAUGUGAUAGAGCCUCUAGCCACUGCAAACAAACUCCAGAUGCAUGUGCCACUUUGUGCAUCUGGCUUACGUGGGUCCUGGGGAAAUUGAACCUGGGUCCUUAAGCUUUGCAGGCAAGCACCUUAACCAUUAAGCCAUCUCUCCAGCUCCACCAGACCUAUUUUUUUAAAGAAAAUGGUGUGUUAAACAAAAGCUUGGGAGAGUCCUUCUGUUCUGCCAUUAGCUCAAGUCAGGAUAUUGCUAGUUAUUAGUCUUAAGUCUCUUUGGACAUGUUUUGUUUUGUUUUCUCCAGUCCAAAGAGUACUUUUUCCUUGAUGUUUUAAUGCCCUCAGAAAUAUUUCUGUGCUUUUUCAAGAAAAUAUCUUUUUCCCCUGGACACUAAUAAGCAACUCAGUUUGCAGUUGGGAUGUUUGUUCCUAUCCCUACAUAUCCAGAUUGUCAGUUUCUAAAUGUUAGGUUUGGAAUUAGAAGACCAGCAAGACAGAUUUCUUUAGGCACCAAUUUUUUUUAAGUAUUAUUUAUUUAUUUGGAAGUAGAGAUAGGAAAGAGAGAAUGGGCACACCAGGGUCUUCAGCCACUGCUGCAUACAAACUUCAGGUGUAUGCGUCACUUUGUGCAGUACCCACUUUACAUGGGUACUGAGGAAUGAAACCUGGGUCUUUACACUUGGCAGACAAGCAUGCCUUAACCGCUAAGCCAUCUUUCCAGCCCAUAGGCCCAAAUUUUUAGUAACGCCAAUGAGGGAAUGGCAGAGUUCAGAGCAAGAAGUUGGAGAGGAAGCUGUGUACCACCUAUUGUGAGAAAGAAAGAAGGUUUCAAAGUCGUCUUGUUGAGAACUAGCAAGGGGUGGUACACACACUGCUUUGUAGUGGCUGUCUGAUUCGCUGUGAGGUGGGAAUUUUGCAGCAGCUUCCUUAACAGGAGGUAACCUUCUUGGUGAGUUAGAGCAGGGCCACAGGGAGAGGGAAAAAGUAGGGGCAAAAGAACUUCUGAAACCUUUACCCUGGGUUUUCGUCUCUGGGUGUACUCUUUUUGUUUCUCCUGCCUGUAACUCGCUGGACAUCUUGAUAGCUGGACACAGGGAGCUGCUUUUGAGACUGGAAAUAAUAGUCAGCAGUGUUAUGAGUGAGAGACUUCCAGAGGCCUGGUGAUGGUGUGGCUUCUGUGUGAUUGCCACUGUGCCAUGUGAUAGGCCUGGAAGUGAGAGGUCAGAUAACUUGAAAUAAAGUUGGUGUAAAUUCA